CCCCCCGAAAAAUGAUGCGGGGGGGGCCUGGACCCUGCACCCCCCCGCCCCACACUCAGCCUGUCUUGUGCUGGGGGGAUGGGUGCAGGGCCCGGGAGAGGGACCCAGGGGUCCGGGGGGAUGGAAUGACAAGAGGCCCCCCCUUAGUUACUGUGCCUGGGGGAGGGGUUCAGGGAUGGCAGGUUCAGCCCCCCAAAAAAUCCAGAGGCGGGGGGUGGCUGUGAAACUUCCCUUCCACGCAGGAAGGGGUUCAAGCAAGAAAGUUACCCCUGACCCCCGCCCCCGCCUGGGUCUCUGCGUGACCCCCCCCCCCACGCGGCUGCCCCCGGGUGUUUCUGGUCCCGACACUAAUAAACCAUCAGGGAAGUGGAACAGGGGGGGUCGGGGUGUGGGGCAGGGACAGGGACCCACAGCAAACCCCCCUCACUCCCGACCCGCUCCUCUGGGGCAGGUGAUGUCUGUAGAGGGGGGGCUCGUGUGGGGGGGGUGCGUCUGUCUAUGGCGUCCAGCCCCCCCGGCCGCUGGCAGCGUGGGGGGGCACUGACUGGGGGGGCUGCAGCGCACAAGGGGUUAAGGAUGCUCCUUCACUUCCUCCCCCCCCCGCAGGCUUGGGCCGGACGCGGGGGGCGGGGCGGACCGGACGCGGGGGGCGGGGCCAGGCGCAGCCGCGGCGUGGGGCGCUGGGACUCGGCGCCGGGUCCUGCCCAGCUCGGAUCGGGGCCCCCCGCGCAGCCCCCGCCCGGCAUGAGCGCGCUGGCCAAGGCGCGCAAGGAGCGCUGGCCGCAGGCUGAAUAUGAGGCGCAGGCGAAAGGUUCCGGCCUCUCUGCUCCGUUCAACUUCCUCACCACCCCCCCCCGGCUCCCCCUCCCCCGCCACAGAGACCUGGGGAAUCCCAGCAGAGUUCAGGGUCAGGGGAGAACCCAGGCGUCCGGGCUCCCAGCCCCCACUCUGCUCCAACCCACCAGCCCGCUCCCAGAGUGGGGAGAGAACCCAGGCGUCCUGGCCCCCAGCCCCCCUGCUCUAACCACCAGCCCCCGCUCCCCUCCCAGAGCCAGGGAGAGAACCCAGGAGUUGAGCUGCGUGGCCAGCUGGGCGAGCAGCAGCGGGGGCGAGAGGCCCAGGCCGAGCUCCGGCUGCAGCUGCUCCAGGACAUGGGCGACUUCCUGCGGCGAAAGGCCGAGCUGGAGCAGGAAUAUUCCCGCGGGCUGGAGAAGCUGUCGGAGAGAUUCACCGCCCGGCUGCGCGGGGCCAAGGAGCACUCCAGGAGGGAGCAGGACCCGCCGUCCCCCCUGCAGUGCUGGCAGCUGGUGUUGAAUCAGACCCGCCAGGCCGGCCGGGACCACGGGGCCCUGAGCGAUAUUUACGCAGGGCCCCUGACGCUGCACCUGACCCAGCUCAGCGACGACCUGGGGCGCCUGGUCAAGAAGAGCCGAGACCUGGAGCAGCAGAUGCAGGACGAGCUGCUGACGAUGAUUUCUGAGCUGCAGAUGGCUAUGAAAACCUACCAGACGCAGCACACAGAGAGCCAGAGCGCGGAGAACAAGCUGCGGGACGCCGAGCGGCAGGAGGAGAAGAGGGGGGGCCGGCAGCCCCCCGAGCCGGGGGGAGCCGGGCAGGACAAGCUGGCCCGACGCGCCUCCCUCCGCAAGGGGGAGCGGCUGGUGGAGAAGCGCCAGGCCCGGUUCCUGGCAGCGCAGUCGAAGUGCACAGGAGCCCGGAACGAUUAUCUCCUGCACCUGGGGUCCACCAACGCCGUCAUCAGCAACUACUACCUGCGGGACGUCUCCGACAUCCUCGACUGCUCGGACCUCGGGUUCCAUCUCUCCCUGGGCCGCCUGCUUCGGACGUACCUGGCGGCCGAGGGCCGGGCCCAGAGCUCCUGGGGGGAGGGGCUGGGGGCGCUGGAGGGGGCCGUGCUGGCCCUGGACCCCCCCGGGGACAAGGCUCGGCUGAUGGAGGCCAACCCGGCCGCGUACUGCCCCCCCCCGCGCUUCGAGUACCACCCCCAUGAGGGCGAUGAGGUGUCGGAGGUCCAGGCCGUGGGGUCCCUGCGCCCGGAGCUGCUGCUGCAAUGGCAGGAUAUCGAGACGCGGCUGAAGGACCUGAGCCUGGAGACCGAGGAGGUGAACAAGACGCUGCAGGCGACGCUGAGCAGCUUCCGGGAGCUGCUGGGGGCGGAGGAGCCCGAGGUGCUGGAGGCGUUUGGGGGGCCGGGCUCGGCUGAGUCGCUGCGGGGGGCCGGUGCCGAGGGGCGCGGUGGGGCCAAGAGACGGGCCCAGCAGCUGGAGACAGAGACCUUCUACCUCACGAAGCUGGAGCUGUUUCUGACGCGACGGAGUAUCGGGGCGAAGUUACAGUCGAAGCUGGAGACACUGGGCGAGGCCAUCGCGAAGGCAGCCGCUGAGGACGGAGAGGAGCUCAGGGCCCUUCCACGCGCCUCCCUCCCCCGCGUCCCGGCCAUGUUCGCCUCCUUCCCCACAGACCUGGAGGACUUUGUGCAGAAAUCUGGCCAGGCUGUCCCGCUGGUGGUGGAGAGCUGCAUCCGAUUCAUCACCCUGCACGGUCUCCAGCACGAGGGGAUCUUCCGGGUGCCGGGAUCCCAGAUGCGAGUGACUGAAAUUCGGGAGGCCUUCGAGAGAGGCGAGGACCCGCUGGCGGGUGGCUCCUACCCCCGGGACCUGGACUCGGUCGCCGGACUCCUGAAGUCGUUUUUUCGGGGGCUGCAGAAGCCCCUGAUUCCGCCGGACGUUUUCCCAGAGCUGCUGGUGACGGCCCAGCUGGAGUCCCCGUCCGAGCGCAUCUCCCACCUCCGCACCCUCCUGGCCCGGCUCCCGGCACCCGUGGUCGUCGUCCUACGAUAUCUUUUCGCCUUCCUCAACCACGUGUCCCAGCACAGCGAGGAGAACAUGAUGAACCCCUACAAUCUGGCUGUCUGCUUCGGGCCCACGCUGGCGGCCGCCCCCCCCGGCCUGGACCCCGUCUCCACCCAGCCCCACGCCAACGAGGCCGUGAAGUGCCUGAUCCUGUACCCCGAGGCCACCUUCCCGCCCCCUGACCAGCUGCCCGGCCCCCUGUACGAGCGCUGCCUGGCGCCGCCCGACGAGGACGGGGAGACGCUGCCCCUGGACCCCGCGGCUGAGGAGAGCGAGGGGGAUGGGCCCCCCGAGACAUCGACUGUGGCCAGUGAGGAUGACCCGCAGGGCCCCCCCGAGGCCGUGGCCCGGUUCUCCUACGAGGGGCGCUCAUCCCAGGAGCUCUCGUUCCAGCCGGGUGACCGGAUCCGGCUGCUGGCCAAGGCCUCCCCAGACUGGUGGCGCGGGGAGCUGGGGGGGGCCCGUGGCCUGGUGCCCCACAAGUACAUCAGCCUGAUCCCCAGCACAAAGAAAAGCCGGAGUCGCCGAACCUCGGGGUCGGACGUAGACGCCGGGUCUCCCCCAGCUGAGCCGACACCAGAGUCAAUCAGCAGCAGGCUGCGGGUGAACUCGGAGGGCAGCCGGGGGCGCCAGCGACCCGGGACCAGCCCCAUCCGCAAACUGGCUUCUCCCUUCAUCGACUCGGGGCGUCUGCCCUUCCCCUUCAGCCCCCCAGUGCCCCUCGGGCUGUCGACAGGACGGAGCGGGGGGCUCUGGGGGUUGGCCUCUCCGGCAGAGAGAAACAAGGGGCCCCGGAGAAGCACGUGGAGAUGGAUAAGGCUGUGACGCGCAACAUGGACUCUGUGUUCAAGGAGCUACUCAACAAAAGCGGGGGACGGCGGGGGGGGCCGACAGCGUCCCCGAGCCCCGUGAGACCCUAGGGCCCCCCGAAGCGCCCUGGCCCCCCCCAACCUGCCUCUGGUCUGCACGACAAAGGGCUCUGCAAAGCCGCCGGGAACGGGUCGUGACCCCCCUGCUAUCCUCCGGGCCAGACCCACCCCCAGCUCCUCAUGCGCAGGUGGUUCCCUGGGGGGUCCCUGCCCCCCGCUGUGAGACCAGCUUUGUAGCCGGGGGAGGGGGAAGCUGCUGUCCGUUGGGGGUUCCCUGCACCCCAAGUAAUGUUUGCUUAAAUGCUCUAUCUCUGUUCUCUCCUGGGCUCGGGAGGGGAGUGGGGUAGAGCUGGGGGGGGCUGGGCUAGGAGCCCGGACUCCUGGGUUCUAUCUCCCCAAUGUUCAAGCUAUCCCCCAGCCCCCCAUUUCUAGGCAGCCCCCCAGGGUGUGUGAGCACCUCCUUUUUUAACCCCAUCAUCCCCUGAUCUCUGUUUGAGCCCCCCCCCCCCCCCCCGGAGAUAACAUGUGAUCCUAGCCCCACCUCUGACCCAUUGGCGCUCCCCCCCUUGAGCCCCUCCCUCUCUGGCAAGGAACCUGAUUUUCACACGCAAUAAAGGGGCCAGUCCCAAGG